UUUUUCUCCCUCUCCAUGUGAUUCUGACACUCACGCCAAGGUCUCGGCGUUUAUUUUGACGCCGCGGGACACUUGUCGCGCCAUUCCGUGCCGUUCCGCGUCCGUGGCCAGUCGUUGUUCAACAUGCUGAGGAAUCCCUCGGCGGAGCGCAACCGAGACGCCAUCCUGGACGUGCUGAAGCGCGAGCUGGCGCCGUCCGGCGAGUGCUCCACGGCCCUCGAGGUGGCCUCCGGCACGGGUCAGCACGUCGUGCACUUCGCCGCCGAGUUCCCGCACGUGAGCUUUCAGCCCUCCGAGAUCACGGAGCGCUUCCUCGCCUCCAUCCAGGGCUACGUGAGCCAGUGCCCGGCGCGCAACAUCCAUCCGCCCGUGCUCGUGGACAUCACGCUGCCGUGCGAAUCCUGGACACACGAGCUGUUCAGCGGCGGCCUUCGCAGCAAGACCAUCGACUACAUCAUCUGCAUCAACAUGAUUCACAUCACGCCGAUCGAAACCACCGAAGGUCUGUUCAGGAACAGCUCCAGGCUGCUCCGCGCAGGUGGCCUUCUCAUCACGUACGGCCCCUUCGCGGAGAACGGCGUGAUUGCGCCCGACAGCAAUGUCAACUUCGACCGCAUGCUCCGCUCGCAGGAUCCAAGGCACGGCAUCAAGGACCUGCUGGCCCUGCAGAAGCUCGCCACCAACUUUCGCAUCAACCUCGUGCGCCAGUACGCCAUGCCGGCCAACAAUCGCUGCGUGAUCUGGCAAAAAGUCUGA